GCCUGCGAGCUAGUUGCGCAUCAACCCACCCCGCAGUGCCGACGAAUAUCAAAACAUCGUCGUCAUAGCAGCUCACGGUGGCGGCUGGCUUCAUAUGCUCAAACCGCCCACGGCACGUUUUAUCGCGCAUCUGGGCUGGUAGAGUGCCCGGCUCCGGCAAUGGCCACGCAGCACCAGGGCGGCCUGCCCGUCUCCAUAGCACACCAACAACAGCAUUUCCGCCUGCUCGAGCUGCCCCCGGAAAUCGUUGAGCUGAUAGACAAGCCAAAUCCUCCGCUACUGUCCAUCAAAUCGCAAGCUGCUUCCGCUGCUACUGGCACGCAUAACGCAAAGCCCGCAUAUGCCGUACUCUGCACCCCGGACAAGUCGUUCCAGGUGCGCCAGGUUCAGACGUCCAACUCGCUCUUCGUGACCCAGCCAGCCCUCGAAGCCCAUGGCAACGAGAUCCCCAUCCCUGUCACACGCGCCAUUGCUCUGUGCAGCUCCACACUCGAGCUCCAUGCCUCUUCUGCCUCUGCCAUUGCUUUGUUGAGAGAGGUGCUCCCUGUGUACGACAUUGUUGCUGGCGACGUUGACGCCACUCCUAACGGCAUGACCAAGGCUGGCAUAUUCAACGACAUGCCCCUGUCCGACGGAGAGUGCCAGGCAGGGUGGACGCAGCUUAUGGCCUUUGACACCGAUGAGGGCUCGUAUCAGCCAUCUCCAAGUGCCCUCUCCCAUGUGUGGAGAUCCAUCAUUGCUGCUGCGUUGGCGGAGGGCAUCCCCCUCGACAAGCAGUUCAUGACCAGCGACAUUGCAACGGCCGUAGCUGAAGAAGGGCACCCCUCUCCUCUCACACAAGCCGUGCUUGCGUACUUGGCAACGGAUGACACUGACAGGAGCGGACCGUGGUCCUGUCUCGACCGAGCAAAGACAGUCGCCUUUACCGGGAAAGCCCUGCUAGAUGCCAGGCGCGGUGCUGACUUUUUGAUUGCUGAUUUCACUGACACGUGGGAGGAUCGCCUACCAGAAGUAUGGCGCAAAGAUGCUAAGCUUACAGCCAUCGAAGGCUUGUAUGAAUUUCCUUCAGAUACAACCAUCAAGGCCAAGGGUAAGGCUGCAUCAGCCCCGGUGGUGGACAACGGAACGACGGCUCUAAAGCCAUCGGCGCGUAAAUGGCAUGAAAAAUUUGCCAAGACAAGAAACAAAUAGACCAUUCUGAUUGUUGUGCUGGGUGAUGAGGUCUCCAUCACGUGACCGUGUCAAGAGCGCGUCUGUCGGCAUCCGACUGCCGCGACUAGCGGCUUGGUAAUAUUUUGUAAUGUUGUAAUACAAAAUUGAUAAGCUGCGACUGGCUA